AGUUUACGAUCUCUCACCGUAGCGCGCCUCUGAUGAGAGAAUGGGUAGUUUAUCGAAAACGAAAGUAGGUUUUUAAUUAAUUUUAUGGUAUUUACUAAUCAAAUAAGAUUCUAUUAUAGCUUACGGACUUCACCUCACAUAUGUAACAAUAUUAAAGGUGCAAGCAGUAACUCUGGAGCAAGCGUUUCGGAGUUUAUUGGCAAAAAUUGUUAAUUUAUAAGUAUAAGAUUGUGAUCGAUGUCGUGCUUAUAAUGUUGUUACACAGACGGCGCUCCAUAGAUCUGUUACAAAGUCCAUUUUCAGCUUGACCGAUUUUCCAUCCGUCUACAUGUAUCUACCCAGAUUUACGACAAAUUCAAUGACUGCAGCUUAAUGUUUACACUCUAUAUCUGAGCAGAUGUCCAGACGGGACAUAAAGUUUGCCCAGCACUAUGUGGAGUGUACACAGUGUGAGGAGAACGCUGAAUAUUACUGUAACACCUGUACCGACAACCUGUGUCAGGUAUGCCGGGACCGUCACACCAAGAGCAACGCCACCAGAUCCCACGUCAUCGUCCCCUACCAGGAGAGGCCGACGACAUCUCCAAACACCGAAUCCUGUCACAUUCAUCCAGAAUUCUCUUAUGACAUGGCGUGUCAGGAAUGCAAACUACCGAUCUGUAUCAGGUGCAUGAAAGAAAACCAUAAAGAUCACACAUUUAGAAACAUUGAGGGCAUAUUGAAAGACACCGAGAAACCCUGCAGAGACAAGAUACAAAACGCGAAGAAGAAUAUCCUCCCAAAACUGCGUGACCGCUUAAAGAAAUUAUCUGACCAGAGAACAAAGUCCAAGGAGAAAAGAACCGACAUAAGGAGACGACUGCGAGAAGAUGCAAAACAGAUUAAGGAUUUAGUAGACACCAUUCUCCAGGAGAAACUCGGAGAUCUUGAUAUCGGCGACAAAUCCCUGGAUGAGGAAUUCGAAAAUCAAACAGCCAUUAUAUCUCGUUUUAUAUCCAACUAUGAAGAUUUCAUCGAUGGAUUUGAAGAUGAAGAAAAACGACCGUACGAGAAGUUAGCGCUGCGAAAUGAAAUACUCCAAUCUGAAGUUACAGAGCCUGAAUUACCAAGCCUAGAAAAUCCUCAGUACCAACCAGAAAUCAUCAACAAGGACGGGGUCAUGAAGUUGUUUGGAAAAUUAAGUAUGCCGAAGAAAUCUACGUGUGAAAAACCAAAACAACAAAUUUCCAAAAAACGUAACGUGUCAAAAGAUAUAAAUUCGAUUGGUUCUCCUGUAAAAUGUCUGGAAUUCGAUAUGCCCUCUACACGUUUACGUCAGAUUUCCUGUGUAUCUGUAGACAAAGUUUGGGUUGGAGAUAACAAAGUCCAGAUCAUGCUCAUGGACAAGACUGGAAACAAACUGGACGAGAUUAAAACAGAUGCGUUCUCAUUGUACGGUUAUCACGUUGUAACUCACGAUGGUGAUCUGCUGUAUAUCGACAGAACAAACAACAGCAUCAAGAAAUACACAUCAGACAGGAAGACCACAACUGUAAUCACAACCACGGGAAACUGGUGGCCUCGCUGUGUGUACUCCUCCCACAGGACCGGCGACAUACUGGUGGGGAUGAGUGAUGGUGACAACAAGAGAGUGGUCCGAUACAACAAGGAGGGGCGUGAGCUGUGGCAGAGUCAGUACGACGCCCUGGGUCAGCGUCUUUAUGAUUACCCUAACUAUAUAACAGAAAACGUGAACGGCGACACCUGCACGUCAGACGGUGGUUUUAAUGACGCCGUGGUGGUGGUGGACAGGGACGGAAAUCACCGCUUCUCCUACAGAGGUCGUCAGGAAGGAUCAAAAUUCAGUCUUUAUGGAAUCUGUACCGACGUCCAUGGGCGGAUCCUAGUGGUAGUCACUGCUGGCAAUGGUGACUGCGUCCACAUGAUUGAUCAGAACGGAGAGUUUAUCACCGUCCUACUGACCAGGGAUCAUGGAAUAUCUAGAGAAUUCGGACUGUGUACAGACAGUGACAAUAAUAUCUGGCUUUGUGGAAACGGUAGAGUCAAAAUGUACAAAUAUUUGAAUUAGUCGUGAAGUCACUGUGUCGGCUACUGUCCCUGUUUGUUGAUUGAAGUAACAGUGCGCAGAUUUACAUAUAAUAACAAUUAAAAGACCCAAACAACUGAUUACACGAGUUACGUCCUCAAAGAAGCACGAAUUCUGUCAUUCUGUGCAGGAAAAGACUACACAAUUCCAGAUUUUAAAACAUACAGACGGAAAAACAGUUUUCUCCCUUGAUUUGUUAGAACAUCUUAAAAAGCACCUGUGAUAGAAUAUUAAGUUUUCUAGACACAAUAAAUUCAAUAUUAAUUUAAUUCAGUCAACUUUUUCACAUUGACUGAAUUUGAUUAUCAAAGUACAAUAAACUUUUAAAAUUUUAUUUUUGUACUUUCAACGUUAACAUUUGGUUGCAAAAUAAAUCUUAUCCUAACAAUACAAAUACUUACAAUAAAAUACAAAGGCUACAAAUCCAUAGAAACACAAUGUAAACAAGAUCCUGAAUAAAAUAUACAUCGUACCGCGAAAAA